ACCGAGCCGCCUGCCGCCUCCUCGCCGAGCCCGGCCAUGGCGUACGGUGGCCUCACGGUGCCCAUCCUCGUCAUGAGCGUUUUCUGGGGGGUGGUCGGCGGCGUCCUGCCGUGGCUCGUGCCCAAGGGGCCCAACCGCGGUGUUAUCAACACAAUGCUGGUGACAUGUGCUGUUUGUUGCUACUUGUUUUGGCUGAUUGCGAUUCUGGCUCAACUCAACCCUCUCUUUGGGCCGCAGUUAAGCAAUGAAACAAUCUGGUAUCUUAAAGCUCAUUGGCCUUAAAGAUGUCUGUCCUCUACUGCAAUUUUAGGUAAAGAAGAGGUUUCUUCCAGAUGAAAAACUCCACUGACCCAAAGAUGCCCUUAUCAUAGCUGGUUGGAUACCAAGCUGCUUUAAUGCCUUAAUGUUUAUAUUGUGCUUCAGAAUGGCUUGUUUAAAGCCCUAUAUUUUUUUCCUAUUUUCCUACUAUAACAUUUAACACUGUGCUUAAUAGAGUUUAUAACUCCUUUUCUGUAUUUUUUUGUCUAUUAAUGAACUGUCAGUGAGAAGGAAAUUUUUGAAAUCUUUAUGGAUACGUGRAGUCAUCUUUGUUCACUUUGCACAGCCUGUGCACAGUACUGUAGAUCUCAGAGAUCCUGGGUUGUCUGUUGCUGGGCUGUUAUACCUCUGUUCUGUUUGACUAUGCUUGGAAAAAAAUGUGUGCAAUGAAACUGUGCAAGGAGGAGAAACAAUGCUGCCACGUUUUGAUGGCAUUUGU